AUGUCGGACAACUCGCAGUCGACGGCCGUGUCGCCGCGGCCAUCGCUUGACCAGGCCUCGCUGAGCCAAACGGAAAAAGACCUCCCGCUCGGCAUGGAGACGAUCGAGAUCAAGGAGGGUCCUUUCCACGUGCCGGAGCAUGGCGAGGGCACCGGCGAGCAGUUCUCCGAGAUGCUCAAGGUCAUGAACCAUGCGACGGGUCAUGACGCCGAGGGCAUGCAUGAGAAGAUCAUUACUGUCGAUCGAGGACGUGGGGACGAGAAGGUAGUCCUCGUUGACUGGGAGGAGAAUGACCCGGAGAACCCGCGCAAUACGUCUGAGGCGAAGAAGGCGCUCCAGGUCGGCACGCUCGUCGUCUUCAUGGGUCUGACCGCCACCAACGCAACGUGCACGGGUGCGAUGGCGCCUUUCGCCGUGCCAUACUUCCAUACCACGAAUAUUGGCUUCGCCUUGUCCUCGUUUAUGCUCCUGUUCCCGAUCGCCAUUACCCCUUUGGUUCUGGCACCACUAUCUGAGCUCUUCGGCCGAUUGAGGAUCUACCAGGUCACCGCGCUCAUCAUCGCCCUUACUUUCAUCCCGCAGAGCCUGUCGGACAGCUAUGCCGGACUACUCGUGGCACGUUGGUUCCAGGGCAUGGCGAGCAGCGUGGCCAACUCGAUGGUUGGAGGAAGCAUUGCGGACCUCUACUCGGCCAAGGAGCGAGGCAUGUGGAUGAACCUGAUGGCAUUUGGGAUCUUCAUCGGUUCUGCACUGGGGACUGUGCCGUUUGGCUUCGUUUCGGAGCACUGGGGCGUGCAAUGGGUCUACGGCGGCAUUGCCGCCGGUCUCAGCGCCAUCACCGUCCUCCUCUUCCUAAAGGAAACGCGUGGUGACGUCCUCCUAGCCCGCCGGGCGGCCAAGCUUACGAAAGAGACCGGCCGUCUGCACCUAUGUGCGGCUCAGCUAUCCCGUCAAUCCUUCAAGGCGAUGCUGAAGACGUCCGCUGUCCGACCCCUCGCAUACCUCUUCACCGAGCCCAUCGUGACCGCCAUCAGUCUUUGGAUCGGCUUCGCGUGGGGCGUCGUCUUCCUCGGUACCUCGAGCACACUCCUCGUGUUCUCCCAGUACGGCUGGUCCUGGGGCAUGACGGGCGUGAUGCAGGUCACAAUGGCGAUUGGCGGCCUCAUCGGCUUCAUCUCAAACUACCACCAGGAGUAUCUGUACCGCCGGGCGACGUUGCGAGCGACGGAAAAGCAGAACGCGGACGGUAUCCCGGGCCCCGGCAAGGCGGCGCCGGAAGCGAGGCUGUAUUGGGCGUGCACGGGCGGACUCCUCUUCCCCCUCGGCAUGUUCGUGUAUGCUUGGACUGGAAGGCCGCAGGUGCACUGGAUCGUGCCCGCGAUCUUCCUCACGCUGAGCUUCUGGGGAGUGUACUGCAUGUACCUCUCGGUGUUCAAUUACUUUGCGGACGCGUACGAGACGUACAGCUCCUCUGCCAACGCUGCGCAGAGCUUCGCUAGAAACAUGUUUGCCGCCACUUUCCCGCUGUUCUCGAAACAGUUCUACCACAACCUCGGGUACCCCAUCGCCUCGACUGUGGUCGCUAGCAUUGCCAUGGUGCUCGCUGCUGCGCCUAUAAUGCUCUUCCUCUUCGGACACAGGCUUAGGGCGAAGAGUAAGGCUGCCUCGGCGCUUGCGGGGUCUAAUUAG